AUGAAUCACAAAGAGGUAAAAGUAAGAAAGGCCGAAGAUGCUGAUUAUGGCGAGGAUUGCACAGUCGCGCAGAGUGUGAGCUUGAGGUUACCGCUGGAUCGGGCUGGGACCUGGAAGACGGUGCAGAUGGAUGGGUUGGUCUCUUGGAUGUGGUCCAAUCGGGUGUUUCGUCGCACCACACAGCAGGAGGUCGAGAUGGCUGACACUGAAUGGAAACCAUCUUGA